UCGGAGCAGAGCAGUUUUCAUUUCACAGACUGAGUUUCCACCUAGAAGAGGCUGGUUUAAGGAAGCACCCUGCGGAACAGAGUCCUCUUUGAGCAGUUUUCUGUUUCCACACGAUGGAUGAGUGAACGCGUUUGUUCAUAAACUUUCCUCAAAUGGGAUUUACAUGCGCGCGUGAAAACUUUGGCUGACUUUGAUCCUCAGUGAUUUACCUUUGGUUUUCACACAAUGCCUGAGCGGAUAAGCAUUUCAGACUUUGUGGUCCUGACAAACGAGGAUUUAUCUUCGCCGGGGACGUCAAGUUUUCAGUCCAAAAUGAGCGACUGUCGGAACACGGUCACCACAGUGGAGGAGUCCCUGGAGAUGGACCUCACAACUUUGCAGAGGAUGAAGAAGAUGAUUAAAGCUAUUCACACCUCUGGACUCACCCAUGCGGAAAACAAGGAGCAGUAUAUCGAAGUGUUGGAGAACUUGGGGAAUAGCCACCUGACCCAGGACAACAAUGAGGUCUCCACGGGUUUCCUCAACCUGGCAGUAUUCACCAGAGAGGUCACAGCGCUCUUCAAAAAUCUGGUGCAGAAUCUCAACAACAUCAUGGCAUUUCCUUUAGAAAAUGUGCUAAAGUCAGAGCUCCGUGACAGCAGACUAGAACUUAAGAAGCAAAUGGAGAAGAGUUGGAAGGACUACGAUGUAAAAAUAGGAAAGCUGGAGAAGGAGAGGAGGGAGAAGAGCAGGCAGCUGGCGUUGAUCAGGACGGAGGGUUCAGACGGAGGGGAGGACAUGGACAGAGAGAGGAGGACCUUUCAGCUGCAGAUGUGUGAGUAUCUUCUGAAGAUCCAGGAGCUCAAGGUGCGACAGGGUCCUGAUCUUCUCCAGAGCCUCAUUAAAUAUUUCCAGGCCCAGCUCAGUUUCUUUCAGGAUGGGCUGAAAGCUGCAGAAAACCUCACUCCCUUCAUCGAGAAGUUGGCCACUUCUGUUCACACGGUUCGUGUUGACCAAGAUGAGGAGGUGAAGCAACUCACCCAGUUGCGAGAUUCUCUCCGAUUGCUUCUGCAAGUGGAAGCAAAAGAGGAAUACCUAAACAGAAAGAACUCUGGAAAUGGAUACAGCAUCCACCAACCACAGGGCAACAAGAAGUACGGUACGGAGAAAUCUGGCUUCCUGCUCAAGAAGAGUGACGGGAUCAGGAAGGUGUGGCAGAAAAGGAAGUGUGGAGUCAAAUUUGGCUGCUUGACCAUUUCCCACAGUACGAUUAAUCGACCUCCAGCCAAGUUGAACCUCCUGACCUGUCAAGUGCGACCGAACCCCGAGGACAGAAGGACCUUUGACCUGGUCACACAUAAUCGGACAUACCAUUUCCAGGCAGAAGACGAACAGGAAUGUGUGAUCUGGAUGUCUGUGCUACAGAACAGUAAGGAGGAGGCUCUGAAUACAGCCUUAGGAGGAGAUCAGCUGCACCUCCAGGACAGCGGCCUCCAGGAAUUAUCCCGAGCCAUCAUCGCUGAACUUCGACACAUGCCUGGAAAUGAGGCCUGUGCCGACUGCGGAGCCCCAGAUCCAACAUGGCUGUCCACCAAUCUGGGCAUCCUGACCUGCAUAGAGUGUUCUGGGAUUCACAGAGAGCUGGGUGUGCACUACUCUAGGAUCCAGUCGCUGACUUUGGACUUCCUUAGCACCUCUGAGCUCCUGCUGGCAGUCAGCAUUGGAAACACCAGAUUCAAUGACAUCAUGGAGGCGGGUCUUCCAAACGAUUCGGUCAAACCGCUGCCACAGAGCGACAUGAAUGCUAGAAAGGAGUACAUCGUGGCAAAGUACGCUGAGCGCCGAUACGUCAUCCGUAGGGAAGAGACCGACCCGAGCCGGCUGUUCGACGCCGUCAGGAGUCGAGACCUGACCUCCCUUCUGCAGCUGUACGCCGAGGGAGCAGAUCUGGCCAAACCACUCACCCCGUCUGAUGGACAGGGCAUCAAAGAGACAGCCCUCCAUCUCGCUGUGCGUCUGGAGGAAAGAAGCUCUUUGGCGCUGGUGGAUUUCCUUUGUCAGAACAGCACCUGUCUGGAGAAGAGAACAGCAGAAGGAAACACAGCUCUGCACUACAGCGUCCUCUUUCACAAACCUGAAUCUCUAAAGCUGCUGCUGAAAGCCAAAGCAGCUCUACACACAGUGAAUGCGGCAGGGGAGACAGCCCUGGACAUGGCCAGGAGGCUGCAGCACAUCCAGUGCAUCGAACUGUUGGAACUAGCCCAGAGUGGGAAGUUUAACUCUCAGAUCCAUGUGGAGUUCAUGUGGGAAACCCAGUCUCAGGAGUUCUAUGACAGCGAGGAUGACCUGGAUGAGAGGGUGAGCCCACAGACCAAGAACCACCGCUCUCCUCUUCCUUCAAACGGGGGAGGGGCCUUCACCCGCUGGAGUGUGGCUAAUGGUGCCAAUGCUACGGCGGGAAGCAGACCCUGUCAGACCUAUGAGAACCUGGACUUUCUCUAUAGGAAUCCUCCAACCAACAGCGCCCCCUCUGGACCAUGUAUGCCACCACCACUGCCAGCUAAAUCUAUUCAGAGAGGUCGCUCGGACCCUCAGAUCUCGGUGACCACUCAGGAGGUCAACCCCAUCCCCAGACGCUGCUCCAACCCGGCCUCCCACUCCUGCAGUCCGCAGACUCAGCCCAGACACAGCCCUCCCUCUCCAAAUACCGACAAUCACAACCACGGAGGGAGACCGCCCAAGUCCCCCCAUGGACAGACCGGUCUGCUCCGGGGACAAAAGCAAACCUGGGACAGCCAGUCUGGGGCCGGUUCUGGGUCUCAAACACCAGUGUCGCCUCAGAACCACAUAGGGCCUGUAAGUUCAGAGAAGACCACGUCGUACCGCCGCACCAGCAGCGGAGGAGGAAACCAGGGGAAGUGUGGGGUGUUGUCUCCCACCUGUGUGGGCAGUCAGGAGGAGCUGUACUGCAGCUUAGUGGGAAACGGUCCUGGACUCAGCCCGUCUCCAGCUCCAGCGUCUUCAUCCUCACCCGCAGUGACCUCUGCCCCACGACCGCGGAGGAACGCCAUGGUUUCUGGCAGCCGGCCUCAUCACAAACGUGUCAAGGCAUUAGUGGACUGCAGAGCCGUCAGUGCAGAACAACUGGCCUUUUUCAAAGAUGAGAUCAUUGUGGUCACAGCCACUAAUGACCCCCACUGGUGGGUUGGUCACAUAGAAGGCGACUCAUCUAGGAGCGGGACUUUUCCUGUCAACUACGUCCACAAACUGACAGACUAAAGGGAAAUGGAAAUAUUCAAGUACUUAUGGAGCUAGAGGACGCAUGAAAUGCUUACAGGAGCCUCAUCCUUCUCACAUAGUGGAAUAUAUCUACAGGAGAGGACAGUGUCAUCCACCUGAAUCUAACCUGGAUCUACUUAAACCACAAAGUUUCAAUUUAUGAACAUUACAACAGGAUACAUGGGGAUAAAUUGCACUUUUAAGACUUUUUAACUCCUGGAAAUCAAGAGGGGAACUGAGAACUUUCAUCACCUCUCAGCCCAAGGACAAUAUUUCCCCUGUUGAUCUACCUUUAACAUGAUGUUCCAGCUUUUUUUUGUUGUUGUUUUUGUAUCCAUGAACCACUACACAUUGGUACGAAUGCUUGUUUUUCACAUUGAAUUUCUAAUGUACAUUUAAAGUUUAGCGACAAAUAGUUUUGCAGCUGUUUAACUUGUCUACACUGAUCUAGGAUCUGUGCUUUGAAUCAAAAUCUAGCUGCAGGGCAAAACACUAUAAAGCACUUUAAACUAAUACGAACUAAUCUGGUAACACUGAUAAUAAGGGUGCAUUCAUUAAAAUUAAUAACGCAGUAAUAAACAUCUAUUAAUAUUUAUUAUUACUAAAGUUCAUGUUAACUUAGGUGUUAACAACAUAGAGUAAGAUUCAAUCAUUAAACAUUAAUAUA